AGGAGCCCAGUGCCCACCGAGGCAGCCAUGGGGCUGCUGACCGGGGAGACACUGGGGCCCUUGGCCGUGGCCCUGGCCAUCUUCCUGCUCCUGGUGGACCUGAUGCACCGACGCCAACGCUGGGCCCCACGCUACCCACCAGGCCCCAUGCCCCUGCCUGGGCUGGGCAACCAGCUGCAGCUGGACUUCCACGACUUGCUUUCCUGCUUUACUCGGCUGCGGAGCCGCUUCGGGCACGUGUUCAGCCUGCAGCUGGCCCGGACGCCUGUGGUCAUAAUCAACGGGCUGGCGGCCAUGCGCGAGGCGCUGGUGGAUCAGAGCGAAGACACCGCCGACCGCCCACCUGUGCCUGUUUUUGAGCACCUGGACUUCGGACCCCACGCGCAAGGACGCCCCUUUAGCCCCAACGCCCUGCUGAACAAAGCGGUGGGCAACGUGAUCGCCUCCCUCACCUUUGGGCGCCGCUUCGAGUACAACGACCGGCGCUUCCUCAAGCUAUUGGACCUCGCAAAUGAACAACUGAAGGAAAAUUCUGGCUUUCUGCCCCAGGUGCUGCAUGCCAUACCAGUGCUCGUGCACAUCCCGGGGCUGGUCGACAAGGCUUUUGCUGCCCAGAGGGCCUUCAUGGCCCUGGUGGAUGAGCUGGUUGCUGAGAACAGGAUGACCCGGGACCCGGCCCAGCCUCCCAGAGACCUGACUGAUGCCUUCCUGGAUGAGGUGGAGAAGGCCAAGGGGAACCCCGAGAGCAGCUUCAAUGAUGAGAACCUGCGCCUGGUGGUGACUGAUCUGUUCUUUGCCGGGAUUGUGACCACCUCGACCACGCUGGCCUGGGCCCUCCUGCUCAUGAUCCUGCACCCGGAUGUGCAGCGCCGUGUCCAACAGGAGAUCGAUGAGGUGAUAGGGCAGGCACGGCGACCAGAGAUGGGGGACCAGGCUCACAUGCCCUUCACCAUGGCCGUGGUCCAUGAGGUGCAGCGCUUUGGGGACAUCAUCCCACUGGGCUUGCCCCACAUGACAUCCCGCGACAUUGAAGUGCAGGGCUUCCGCAUCCCCAAGGGGACAUGGCUUUUCACCAACCUGUCAUCAGUGCUGAAGGACGAGACCGUCUGGAAGAAGCCCUUCCGCUUCCACCCUGAGCACUUCCUGGACGCCCAGGGCCGCUUCGUCAAGCAGGAGGCCUUCAUGCCCUUCUCAGCAGGCCGCCGCUCGUGCCUUGGGGAGCCCCUGGCCCGCAUGGAGCUCUUCCUCUUCUUCACCUGCCUCCUGCAGCGCUUCAGCUUCUCGGUGCCCGCUGGGCAGCCCCGCCCCAGCGACCACGGUGUAUAUGGUGGACUGGUGACCCCAUCCCCCUACCUGCUCUGUGCUGUGCCCCGCUAGAGGGGUCACCAAGUCCCUAACCCGCUCCUG